AUGGCUAAACUAUGUCGAGCCCAGACUGAAAUCCAUCAGGAAACAGGAAGCAAAUACACUGAGGAUGUUCAGCAGAAACACAACACUUCUGCUACAGUUUCAUCUAAAGUGAACAUCAUCCAGCCAAUGCUGACAAAUCCAGUAAUAACACCUUCAAAUCCUGCUCACAAUGGUCGCGUGUGCAGCACAUGGGGCAACUUCCACUUCAAGACCUUUGAUGGUGACAUAUUCUCCUUCCCUGGGCUCUGUAAUUACAUUUUUGCAUCCCAUUGCAAUGCUCCCUAUGAGGAUUUCAACAUCCAGAUUAGGCGCGUAGUGGUGGAUAAUGCUCCAACAAUCAGACAUAUCACCAUGAAACUUGAAGGCGUAGCUGCUGAACUAACAAAAGAUGUUGUCAUGAUCAAUGGUGACAGAGUUCAACUGCCAUACAGCCAAUCCGGAAUUACAAUAGAGAAAAGCAGCAUUUAUAUAAAAGUUGUCAGCAAAAUGGGCGUUGUAUUAAUGUGGAAUGAAGAUGAUAACAUCCUGCUGGAACUGAAUGAGAAAUACGCCAACCAGACCUGUGGACUUUGUGGGGACUUUAAUGGCUUACCAAUUUACAAUGAGUUCUAUUCGAACAGUAUUAAGAUGACGGCCUUGCAGUUUGGGAAUAUGCAGAAAAUGGAUGGGCCAACAGAACACUGCGAAGACUCCACUUCUACCCCACCAGACAAUUGCACUGAAAAUUUUGGAGGUUCGCACAUUUCCACAUAUGAUAAAAAACAUUAUGAUCACCAUGGAGACUGCGUUUAUGUCCUUUCUAAGCACUGUAAAGAAGAAACAUUCACCAUCCUGGUAGAACUACGCAGAUGUGGCCUGACAGAAACUGAGACAUGCUUAAAGACAGUGACUCUCAACAUGAAUAAAGGACAAACUCUCGUCGAGGUUAAACCUGAUGGUGGUGUGUUCGUGAACUCAAUUUACACCCAGCUGCCCAUCUCAGCAGCUAAUGUCACUGUGUUCAGACCUUCAUCAUUCUUCAUUGUGAUGCAGACAAACUUUGGUGUCCAACUUGAAAUCCAAAUUGUACCCAUCAUGCAAGUGUUUGUGAGGCUGGAUCCUGUUUUCAAAAACCAGACCUGUGGUCUCUGUGGAAAUUUUAAUAAUAUCCAAACUGAUGACUUCAAGGCCAUAAGUGGAAUAAUUGAAGGAACAGCAACAGCAUUUGCUAAUACAUGGAGAACUCAAGCUUCAUGCCCAAAUAUCCAGCCCAGUUUUGAGAACCCUUGUGCACUCAGCAUUGAUAACGAAAAAUAUGCUCAGCAUUGGUGUGGACUUCUAACUGACAGCAAAGGACCUUUUGCUGCUUGUCACCAUGCAGUGAAUCCCUCUGUUUACCACAUGAACUGCAUGUUCGACACAUGUAAUUGUGAAAAUAGUGAGGACUGUCUCUGUGCAGCCCUGUCUUCCUAUGUGAGAGCUUGUUCUGCAAAAGGAAUCCACCUGCAAGGAUGGAGGACUGAAGUCUGCUCAAAAUAUACCACAUCAUGUCCCAAAUCCUUAAGCUACAGCUAUACCAUUUCUGCUUGUCAACCCACUUGUCGCUCUCUGAGCGAGCAUGAUGUCACAUGCGACAUUAAGUUUGUCCCAGUUGAUGGCUGUACUUGUGUAAAUGAAACCUACAUGGAUGAGAGUGGCAAAUGUGUUCCUGCUAAUGAAUGCCCCUGCUACUACAGAGGAUCUCCCAUACCAUUUGGAGAAGCUGUCCAUGAAAAUGGGAUUGUAUGCACUUGCAUCCAGGGAAGACUGAAUUGUAUUGGAGCACCCAAUCCAACUCCAGUCUGUGAAUCUCCCAUGGUCUACUUCAACUGUAGAAACAUCACUGCAGGAAUAAUUGGAGCAGAAUGUCAAAAAAGUUGCCAGACUCUGGAUAUGCAGUGUUAUAGCACACAAUGUGUGUCUGGCUGCGUGUGCCCAGCUGGGCUUGUGUUAGACGGGAAUGGUGGUUGUAUUGCUGAAGAGGAUUGUCCGUGUAUUCACAAUGAAGCCAUGUAUCAGCCUGGGGAAAAGAUCAGCGUUGACUGUAACACUUGUGUAUGUAAGAAUAGGAAGUGGGAAUGCACGGAAAAUCAAUGUCUGGGCACUUGUGCUGUUUAUGGAGAUGGUCAUUAUAAUACCUUUGACGACAAAAGGUUCAGCUUCAAUGGAAAUUGUGAAUACACACUAGUCCAGGACCACUGUGGGAAGAGUGGCACAGCCAAUGGGACUUUCAGAGUUAUCACUGAAAAUAUUCCAUGUGGCAACACUGGGACAACUUGCUCAAAAUCUAUCAAAGUUUUCUUAGAGAGCUAUGAGCUGAUACUCGGUGAGGAGCAUGUCAGUGUUGUAAAGAGAGGACAAAAUGAUGAGGUGCCAUACACAGUCCGCUAUAUGGGUAUGUACUUGGUAAUUGAGACCACAAGCGGACUGAUCCUCAUGUGGGACAAGAAAACAAGCAUCUUCAUCAAGCUCAGCCCUAAUUUUAAGGGCCAGAUCUGUGGUCUCUGUGGAAAUUAUGAUGGCAAUGGCAUCAAUGACUUUACUACAAGGAGUCAGUCUGUGGUAGAGAAUGUUUUAGAGUUUGGAAACAGUUGGAAAGUCUCCUCAACAUGUCCUGAUGCUUCCAGCAUAAAGGACCCAUGUUCCACCAACCCAUAUCGAAAGUCCUGGUCAGAGAAGCAAUGCAGCAUUAUCAACAGCGACGUCUUUGCUGCCUGUCAUUCUCAGGUUGAGCCAGCAAAAUAUUACCAAGCAUGUGUGACAGAUGCUUGUGCAUGUGAUACUGGAGGGGACUGUGAUUGCUUUUGCACAGCAGUAGCUGCCUACGCUCAAGCAUGUAGCGAAGUUGGUGUCUGCAUAGCCUGGAGAACCCCAUCAAUCUGUCCGCUGUUCUGUGAUUACUACAAUCACCAAGGGGAAUGUGAAUGGCACUAUAAGCCUUGCGGAACCUCCUGUAUGAAGACCUGUAGGAACCCAAGUGGAAAAUGCUUCCAUGAUUUGCCAGGUUUAGAAGGCUGCUACCCUAACUGCCCACCAGACAAGCCGUAUUUUCAUGAGGAUCAGAUGAAGUGUGUCAGUCUUUGUGAUUGUUAUGAUAGUGAAGAUGGAAAGAUAUAUAGACGGGAUGAAUGUAAUUUAUGUGAAUGCACAUCAGAAGGUUUACAGUGCAAGUUUGAUGAAAAAGCAUGCAACUGCAUUUAUGAGGGGAACAGCUAUAAAUAUGGUGAACUCAUCUACAACACCACAGAUACAGCUGGAUGGUGUUUCAGUGCAACAUGUGAUGUCAACGGAACAAUAAACAGAAGCAUCUUUAAAUGUGGCAUCUUUACAACAACCCCAUUUACAUUUUCUACAAGUCAGCCCACAACUACUGCUUCAGAAAUGACAACUGCAAAACCUGUGACAACUGUAUGUGUGAAGCAUGUAUGUACAUGGUCAGAAUGGUACGAUUCCACACAGCCUGAAAACAACGAAGACAGUGGAGAUUAUGAAAUAUUUGAAAACCUCAGAGAAAAAGGAUAUAGAGUAUGUAAAAACCCAAAUGGUGUUCAGUGCAGGGCAAAAGAACACCCAGAUACAGAAUUAAACCAUCUUAAUCAAACAGUACAAUGUAGUCAAAAUACAGGAUUAAUAUGCAAUAACAAGGACCAACAAUAUAAGCAGUGCUAUAACUAUGAAAUCAGAAUAUCAUGCUGCAAAUACAUGCCAUGUUAUCAGACAACUCCAGCAGAAACCUCAACUGCAGUAACCCUGUCUCCAACAUCAUCCACUACUUCCUCCACCCUUCCCCCUACAGAACUUACAACAACCACUGGCACCACUGUUGUCUCCAGUACCGCUGUUCCGCCAACACAGGCCACAUCCGUCAUCACAACCACCAGCAGCACCAGCACAGCCAAGACCUCUCCUGCUCCAAUACAAACCACAACCAUCCUCACACCAACACCAACGGCACCCACCUCUGCAGCCACCACCACUGCCAGCACCUCCGAGACCACAAACAGCUGCCAGGAGCAGUGUGACUGGACACAAUGGUUUAACGUGGAUUCCCCGAACCCUGGUAGCCAAAAUGGAGACAUGGAGACAUUUGCAAAAAUCCGAGCUGCUGGGUACGCGCUGUGCAAAAAGCCAAAAGACAUCGUGUGCCGUGCUAAAGAUUACCCUUCCAGGAAUCUGGACACACUGGGACAGGUAGUUGAGUGCAGCGUCAACUUUGGGCUUGUGUGCAGAAAUGAGGAUCAGAUCACAAAGUACCCCAUCUGCUUUGACUAUGAGAUCAAGCUGCUGUGCUGUGACCGUUCACACUGCCAGACCACAUCAGCAUCUACAGGAACCACUGCAGGCUCCUCCACCACAGCCUCUACUGCAGAAACCUCCACUAUAGCAACUCUGGCUCCAACAUCACCCACUACUACCUCCACCCUUCCCCCUACAGAACUUACAACCACCACUGGCACUACGGCUCUCUCAAGUACCACUGUUGUGUCUCCAAUGGCCUCAUCCACCAUCACAAGCACCAGCAGCGCCAGCACAGCCAAGACCUCUCCUGCUCCAAUACAAACCACAACCAUCCUCACACCAACACCAACGGCACCCACCUCUGCAGCCACCACCACUGCCAGCACCUCCGAGACCACAAACAGCUGCCAGGAGCAGUGUGACUGGACACAAUGGUUUAACGUGGAUUCCCCGAACCCUGGUAGCCAAAAUGGAGACAUGGAGACAUUUGCAAAAAUCCGAGCUGCUGGGUAUGCGCUGUGCAAAAAGCCAAAAGACAUCGUGUGCCGUGCUAAAGAUUACCCUUCCAGGAAUCUGGACACACUGGGACAGGUAGUUGAGUGCAGCGUCAACUUUGGGCUUGUGUGCAGAAAUGAGGAUCAGAUCACAAAGUACCCCAUCUGCUUUGACUAUGAGAUCAAGCUGCUGUGCUGUGACCGUUCACACUGCCAGACCACAUCAGCAUCUACAGGAACCACUGCAGGCUCCUCCACCACAGCCUCUACUGCAGAAACCUCCACUAUAGCAACUCUGGCUCCGACAUCACCCACGACUGCCUCCACCCUUCCCCCUACAGAAGUGACAAGCACCACUGCCAGCACCGUUGUCUCCACUACCACUGUUCCGCCAACAAAGGCAACAUCCGUCAUCACAACCACCAGCAGCGCCAGCACAGCCAAAACAUCUCCUGCUCCAAUACAAAGCACAACCAUCCUCACACCAACACCAACAGUGCCCACCACAGCAGCCAGCAGCACCAGCACCUCCAGAACCAUUCCAGGAAGUACCACAAGGUCCGCAGCCACAUCUCCUCCAGCAGAAAACUCCACUCUGGUAACCCAGCCUCCAACAUCACCCACUGCUACCUCCACCCUUCCCCCUACAGAAGUGACAAGCACCACUGCCAGCACCGUUGUCUCCACUACCACUGUUCCGCCAACAAAGGCAACAUCCGUCAUCACAACCACCAGCAGCGCCAGCACAGCCAGGACCUCUCCUGCUCCAAUACAAAGCACAACCAUCCUCACACCAACACCAACAGUGCCCACCUCUUCAGCCAGCAGCACCAGCACCUCCAGAACCAUUCCAGGAAGUACCACAAGGUCCGCAGCCACAUCUCCUCCAGCAGAAAACUCCACUCUGGUAACCCAGCCUCCAACGUCACCCACUACUACCUCCACCCUUCCCCCUACAGAACUUACAACCACCACUGGCACUACAGCUCUCUCAAGUACCACUGUUGUGUCUACAACGGCCUCAUCCACCAUCACAACCACCAGCAGCGCCAGCACAGCCAAGACCUCUCCUGCUCCAAUACAAACCACAACCAUCCUCACACCAACACCAAUGGCACCCACCUCUGCAGCCACCACCACUGCCAGCACCUCCGAGACCACAAACAGCUGCCAGGAGCAGUGUGACUGGACACAAUGGUUUAACGUGGAUUCCCCGAACCCUGGUAGCCAAAAUGGAGACAUGGAGACAUUUGCAAAAAUCCGAGCUGCUGGGUAUGCGCUGUGCGAAAAGCCAAAAGACAUCGUGUGCCGUGCUAAAGAUUACCCUUCCAGGAAUCUGGACACACUGGGACAGGUAGUUGAGUGCAGCGUCAACUUUGGGCUUGUGUGCAGAAAUGAGGAUCAGAUCACAAAGUACCCCAUCUGCUUUGACUAUGAGAUCAAGCUGCUGUGCUGUGACCGUUCACACUGCCAGACCACAUCAGCAUCUACAGGAACCACUGCAGGAUCCUCCACCACAGCCUCUACUGCAGAAACCUCCACUAUAGCAACUCUGGCUCCAACAUCACCCACGACUGCCUCCACCCUUCCCCCUACAGAAGUGACAAGCACCACUGCCAGCACCGUUGUCUCCACUACCACUGUUCCGCCAACAAAGGCAACAUCCGUCAUCACAACCACCAGCAGGGCCAGCACAGCCAAGACAUCUCCUGCUCCAAUACAAAGCACAACCAUCCUCACACCAACACCAACAGUGCCCACCACAGCAGCCAGCAGCACCAGCACCUCCAGAACCAUUCCAGGAAGCACCACGACAUACACAGCCACAUCUUCUCCAGCAGAAAACUCCACUCCGGUAACCCAGCCUCCAACAUCACCCACUACUACCUCCACCCUUCCCCCUACAGAACUUACAACCACCACUGGCACUACGGCUCUCUCAAGUACCACUGUUGUGUCUCCAAUGGCCUCAUCCACCAUCACAACCACCAGCAGCGCCAGCACAGCCAAGACCUCUCCUGCUCCAAUACAAAGCACAACCAUCCUCACACCAACACCAACAGUGCCCACCACAGCCACCACCACUGCCAGCACCUCCGGGACCACUCCAGGAAGCACCACAACAUCCACAGCCAUAUCUUCUCCAGCAGAAAACUCCACUCUGGUAACCCAGCCUCCAUCGUCACCCACUACUACCUCCACCCUUCCCCCUACAGAACUUACAACCACCACUGGCACUACAGCUCUCUCAAGUACCACUGUUGUGUCUACAACGGCCUCAUCCACCAUCACAACCACCAGCAGCGCCAGCACAGCCAAGACCUCUCCUGCUCCAAUACAAACCACAACCAUCCUCACACCAACACCAACGGCACCCACCUCUGCAGCCACCACCACUGCCAGCACCUCCGAGACCACAAACAGCUGCCAGGAGCAGUGUGACUGGACACAAUGGUUUAACGUGGAUUCCCCGAACCCUGGUAGCCAAAAUGGAGACAUGGAGACAUUUGCAAAAAUCCGAGCUGCUGGGUAUGCGCUGUGCAAAAAGCCAAAAGACAUCGUGUGCCGUGCUAAAGAUUACCCUUCCAGGAAUCUGGACACACUGGGACAGGUAGUUGAGUGCAGCGUCAACUUUGGGCUUGUGUGCAGAAAUGAGGAUCAGAUCACAAAGUACCCCAUCUGCUUUGACUAUGAGAUCAAGCUGCUGUGCUGUGACCGUUCACACUGCCAGACCACAUCAGCAUCUACAGGAACCACUGCAGGCUCCUCCACCACAGCCUCUACUGCAGAAACCUCCACUAUAGCAACUCUGGCUCCGACAUCACCCACGACUGCCUCCACCCUUCCCCCUACAGAAGUGACAAGCACCACUGCCAGCACCGUUGUCUCCACUACCACUGUUCCGCCAACAAAGGCAACAUCCGUCAUCACAACCACCAGCAGCGCCAGCACAGCCAAAACAUCUCCUGCUCCAAUACAAAGCACAACCAUCCUCACACCAACACCAACAGUGCCCACCACAGCAGCCAGCAGCACCAGCACCUCCAGAACCAUUCCAGGAAGUACCACAAGGUCCGCAGCCACAUCUCCUCCAGCAGAAAACUCCACUCUGGUAACCCAGCCUCCAACAUCACCCACUGCUACCUCCACCCUUCCCCCUACAGAAGUGACAAGCACCACUGCCAGCACCGUUGUCUCCACUACCACUGUUCCGCCAACAAAGGCAACAUCCGUCAUCACAACCACCAGCAGCGCCAGCACAGCCAGGACCUCUCCUGCUCCAAUAAAAAGCACAACCAUCCUCACACCAACACCAACAGUGCCCACCUCUUCAGCCAGCAGCACCAGCACCUCCAGAACCAUUCCAGGAAGUACCACAAGGUCCGCAGCCACAUCUCCUCCAGCAGAAAACUCCACUCUGGUAACCCAGCCUCCAACGUCACCCACUACUACCUCCACCCUUCCCCCUACAGAACUUACAACCACCACUGGCACUACAGCUCUCUCAAGUACCACUGUUGUGUCUACAACGGCCUCAUCCACCAUCACAACCACCAGCAGCGCCAGCACAGCCAAGACCUCUCCUGCUCCAAUACAAACCACAACCAUCCUCACACCAACACCAAUGGCACCCACCUCUGCAGCCACCACCACUGCCAGCACCUCCGAGACCACAAACAGCUGCCAGGAGCAGUGUGACUGGACACAAUGGUUUAACGUGGAUUCCCCGAACCCUGGUAGCCAAAAUGGAGACAUGGAGACAUUUGCAAAAAUCCGAGCUGCUGGGUAUGCGCUGUGCGAAAAGCCAAAAGACAUCGUGUGCCGUGCUAAAGAUUACCCUUCCAGGAAUCUGGACACACUGGGACAGGUAGUUGAGUGCAGCGUCAACUUUGGGCUUGUGUGCAGAAAUGAGGAUCAGAUCACAAAGUACCCCAUCUGCUUUGACUAUGAGAUCAAGCUGCUGUGCUGUGACCGUUCACACUGCCAGACCACAUCAGCAUCUACAGGAACCACUGCAGGAUCCUCCACCACAGCCUCUACUGCAGAAACCUCCACUAUAGCAACUCUGGCUCCAACAUCACCCACGACUGCCUCCACCCUUCCCCCUACAGAAGUGACAAGCACCACUGCCAGCACCGUUGUCUCCACUACCACUGUUCCGCCAACAAAGGCAACAUCCGUCAUCACAACCACCAGCAGGGCCAGCACAGCCAAGACAUCUCCUGCUCCAAUACAAAGCACAACCAUCCUCACACCAACACCAACAGUGCCCACCACAGCAGCCAGCAGCACCAGCACCUCCAGAACCAUUCCAGGAAGCACCACGACAUCCACAGCCACAUCUUCUCCAGCAGAAAACUCCACUCCGGUAACCCAGCCUCCAACAUCACCCACUACUACCUCCACCCUUCCCCCUACAGAACUUACAACCACCACUGGCACUACGGCUCUCUCAAGUACCACUGUUGUGUCUCCAAUGGCCUCAUCCACCAUCACAACCACCAGCAGCGCCAGCACAGCCAAGACCUCUCCUGCUCCAAUACAAAGCACAACCAUCCUCACACCAACACCAACAGUGCCCACCACAGCCACCACCACUGCCAGCACCUCCGGGACCACUCCAGGAAGCACCACAACAUCCACAGCCAUAUCUUCUCCAGCAGAAAACUCCACUCUGGUAACCCAGCCUCCAUCGUCACCCACUACUACCUCCACCCUUCCCCCUACAGAACUUACAACCACCACUGGCACUACAGCUCUCUCAAGUACCACUGUUGUGUCUACAACGGCCUCAUCCACCAUCACAACCACCAGCAGCGCCAGCACAGCCAAGACCUCUCCUGCUCCAAUACAAACCACAACCAUCCUCACACCAACACCAACGGCACCCACCUCUGCAGCCACCACCACUGCCAGCACCUCCGAGACCACAAACAGCUGCCAGGAGCAGUGUGACUGGACACAAUGGUUUAACGUGGAUUCCCCGAACCCUGGUAGCCAAAAUGGAGACAUGGAGACAUUUGCAAAAAUCCGAGCUGCUGGGUAUGCGCUGUGCAAAAAGCCAAAAGACAUCGUGUGCCGUGCUAAAGAUUACCCUUCCAGGAAUCUGGACACACUGGGACAGGUAGUUGAGUGCAGCGUCAACUUUGGGCUUGUGUGCAGAAAUGAGGAUCAGAUCACAAAGUACCCCAUCUGCUUUGACUAUGAGAUCAAGCUGCUGUGCUGUGACCGUUCACACUGCCAGACCACAUCAGCAUCUACAGGAACCACUGCAGGAUCCUCCACCACAGCCUCUACUGCAGAAACCUCCACUAUAGCAACUCUGGCUCCGACAUCACCCACGACUGCCUCCACCCUUCCCCCUACAGAAGUGACAAGCACCACUGCCAGCACCGUUGUCUCCACUACCACUGUUCCGCCAACAAAGGCAACAUCCGUCAUCACAACCACCAGCAGGGCCAGCACAGCCAAGACAUCUCCUGCUCCAAUACAAAGCACAACCAUCCUCACACCAACACCAACAGUGUCCACCACAGCAGCCAGCAGCACCAGCACCUCCAGAACCAUUCCAGGAAGUACCACAAGGUCCGCAGCCACAUCUCCUCCAGCAGAAAACUCCACUCUGGUAACCCAGCCUCCAACAUCACCCACUGCUACCUCCACCCUUCCCCCUACAGAAGUGACAAGCACCACUGCCAGCACCGUUGUCUCCACUACCACUGUUCCGCCAACAAAGGCAACAUCCGUCAUCACAACCACCAGCAGCGCCAGCACAGCCAGGACCUCUCCUGCUCCAAUACAAAGCACAACCAUCCUCACACCAACACCAACAGUGCCCACCUCUUCAGCCAGCAGCACCAGCACCUCCAGAACCAUUCCAGGAAGUACCACAAGGUCCGCAGCCACAUCUCCUCCAGCAGAAAACUCCACUCUGGUAACCCAGCCUCCAACGUCACCCACUACUACCUCCACCCUUCCCCCUACAGAACUUACAACCACCACUGGCACUACAGCUCUCUCAAGUACCACUGUUGUGUCUACAACGGCCUCAUCCACCAUCACAACCACCAGCAGCGCCAGCACAGCCAAGACCUCUCCUGCUCCAAUACAAACCACAACCAUCCUCACACCAACACCAAUGGCACCCACCUCUGCAGCCACCACCACUGCCAGCACCUCCGAGACCACAAACAGCUGCCAGGAGCAGUGUGACUGGACACAAUGGUUUAACGUGGAUUCCCCGAACCCUGGUAGCCAAAAUGGAGACAUGGAGACAUUUGCAAAAAUCCGAGCUGCUGGGUAUGCGCUGUGCGAAAAGCCAAAAGACAUCGUGUGCCGUGCUAAAGAUUACCCUUCCAGGAAUCUGGACACACUGGGACAGGUAGUUGAGUGCAGCGUCAACUUUGGGCUUGUGUGCAGAAAUGAGGAUCAGAUCACAAAGUACCCCAUCUGCUUUGACUAUGAGAUCAAGCUGCUGUGCUGUGACCGUUCACACUGCCAGACCACAUCAGCAUCUACAGGAACCACUGCAGGCUCCUCCACCACAGCCUCUACUGCAGAAACCUCCACUAUAGCAACUCUGGCUCCAACAUCACCCACGACUGCCUCCACCCUUCCCCCUACAGAAGUGACAAGCACCACUGCCAGCACCGUUGUCUCCACUACCACUGUUCCGCCAACAAAGGCAACAUCCGUCAUCACAACCACCAGCAGGGCCAGCACAGCCAAGACAUCUCCUGCUCCAAUACAAAGCACAACCAUCCUCACACCAACACCAACAGUGCCCACCACAGCCACCACCACUGCCAGCACCUCCGGGACCACUCAAGGAAGCACCACAACAUCCACAGCCAUAUCUUCUCCAGCAGAAAACUCCACUCUGGUAACCCAGACUCCAAUGUCACCCACUACUGCCUCCACCCUUUCCCCUACAGAACUGACAACCACCACUGGCACCACUGUUGUUCCCAGUAUCACUGUUACAUCAACACAGGCCACAUCCAUAACCACCACAGCAGCCAGCAGUACCAACACCUUGAGGACCAGUGCAGGAAGCACCACAACAUCCACAGCUACGUCUCCUCCAGCAGAAACCUCCACUGUCGUAACCCAGCCUCCAACAUCACAUACUACUGCCUCCAGUGUCGCCCAAACAGUAUCUACCACUGGUACAUCACAAUCAAGUCAUGUUACAACAAGAACUUCUGCAAUCUUCAGUUCUUCCCCCAGCACAGCUGUCACAACAGAAGCAAGUACAUAUGUUACAUCAAGAGCAACUCCAUGUUUCUGUCACGUGCUUGGUCAUUUUUUUUCUCCUGGGGAGGUUGUAUAUAACAGAACAGACCGAGCUGGCUGUAAUUUUUACGCACUUUGCAGCAAAGAAUGCGAAAUCGACCCAUUCCAGGGGCCAUGUCCUUCAACAACUCCUUUCACUUCAGUAACCUCAGAAACUACAAUACAAGCCACCUCAUCCACAGAACAUGUAUUUUCUUCUGUCUCGCCAACCCCAGCAACAUCUCGCACAACUUCAGUAGAAAGAAACUGCACUGAUGUCAAUCCUCCGCGAAAGCCUGGAGAGAACUGGACAAGUGAAUGCCAGAUGUGUGUUUGCGACCCCGCCACUGCUACUGUACGAUGCCAGCCACUCCCAUGCCAAAAUGUUCAGACACCCAUUUGUGACAUAGGAUUUGUUUCUCUGCCUGUACUACCAGAAGACCCAUGUUGUCCUAAAUUUGAAUGUCGACGAAUACCUGACAUGUGCGUGAUUAACGGUACAAUGUACACGGUUGGAAUGUCAACAAUAAUCAAUUCAUGUAAGAAAUGUACCUGUACUUCUGAGAAAAAUCCAGUGACUGAUGAAAAUAUUGUCCAUUGUGAAACAGUUCAAUGUGAAACAUCUUGCCCGCUGGGUCAUCAAUAUAAGACUGAGGAUGGAGAGUGCUGUGGGAAGUGUAUUGAAGUAGCUUGCAAAAUCAAACUAAGUAACAACACUGUUCACGUGCUCAAAGUUGAUGAGAUCAUGCCACUUGAUAAUUGCAGCCAUUAUAAAUGUGAAAAAAUUGAAGACCAAUUUGUUGCAGUCCAAAGUAAAAGAGUAUGCCCCGAGUACAACCCAGGAGAGUGCAGUCCUGAUGAAGCAGAGACUACUCCUGAUGGGUGCUGCAAAAUAUGCAAACCUCCAAACUGCAAACCAUACAGAAAAAAAACUGUCAUCCGCCAAGGUGAUUGUGAAUCUUCGGAACCUGUUGAACUGGCAUAUUGUGAAGGAACUUGUCCUGGCUCUUCAGUGUAUUCUCUCGAAGCAAACCAGAUGCAACACGAGUGUAGCUGCUGUCAGGAGUUCAGCAGCCAAACAAGACAGGUGAACCUGACUUGCCAAAAUGGAACAAGCAUAAAUUACAACUAUGUCUAUGUGGAACAGUGCCAGUGUAUGGAUGCAUGCACUCCAAACACCUCUGUAGCAGAUGACUCCCAAGUGAAAAAAACUGGUUCCCAAUGGAAAACCAGCAGAAGAAAGAGAUGA